UUUUUUUCCAUUUCUUCUGAACUGUUAGCCCGUAAGCUAGUGUAAGUUGGCCUCCUUUGACUGAAGAAUGUUUUGGGAUGGAAGAGAGGCCACGAAACCUACUUUAUUGCAUCUAUCUGGCUGAACCAGUGUAGCAUACCAUGUAUAAACCAGUAGUCCUUUUUCUUCUCGCUGUUGAUUAAUGUACUCAUUGAAAUGGCCAGAAGAGUCUUCCUUAUGUAAAACUCAUGGUAUGCAUCUCACAAAUGUGUCUUUGAUUCUUUUUCCACAGGAGAAGAACAAAAACAUAACAGAAAAACAAAGCCUUAUUCCUCCAGCAGGAUUUUAAGGAGCAAAGCCUGCCGGCCUGGACAACGAGGAAGUUUCCCUACACACACAGAGAAGCAUUUCCCUGGGAUUGGUGACACUGUUGUUCAGUCUUUCUCUUGCUAAGAGGGCUUCCACACAACUUUUCAACAAUGAAUUUCCUCCGGAGACGUCUCUCAGACAGUAGUUUUGUGGCGAAUUUGCCCAAUGGCUACAUGAUGGACUUGCAGCGCCCCGACAACUCCACAAGCUCCCCAGUUUCUCCUGCCAUGGAGAGAAAGCACCCACAGCCACCACAGCCCUCACAGUCUUCCUCUACUGGCACCAGCAUCUUCAGCUCCAUCUCCAGUGCCAUGAAGCAAACCACACAAGCAGCUGCAGGACUCAUUGAUCACUCGACAAGCCCCACACCACCUGUGGCUCCGAAACCCAAGAUCCUCAUGGUGAUUGAUGACGCACACACGGAGUGGGCCAAAUAUUUCCAAGGGAAGAAGGUGAAUGGAGAAUUCGAUAUCCGCGUGGAACAGGCUGAGUUCUCUGAGCUGAAUCUGGCUGCAUACGUCACUGGUGGCUGCAUGGUGGACAUGCAGGUCAUGAGGAACGGCACCAAGGUGGUAAGGUCCUUCAAGCCUGAUUUUGUCCUGAUCCGGCAGCAUGCCUACAGCAUGGCGCUAGGAGAGGACUUCCGCAGCCUCAUCAUCGGCCUCCAGUAUGGUGGCAUCCACACCGUCAACUCCCUCUACUCUAUCUACAACUUCUGCAGCAAGCCCUGGGUGUUUUCUCAGCUCAUUAAAAUCUUCAACUCACUGGGUCCUGAGAAAUUCCCCCUUGUGGAGCAAACGUUCUUCCCAAGCCAUAAGCAGAUGGGCAUUUUUACCCAGCCUUAAGCAUAAAGGAUGCAAGGCUCUGACAUUUCACAGCAGAAAAGAUCCAAACGAUGAAUCUCCAUUUUCUUUGUUAUGGGCAUGUACCUUUUGACCGUUCCCCCUGUUUACUACAAAUAAAAGCAAAUCUGGCAACUAUUCGUCUAAGGCCCUACUGGUGGUGCUACAUGACUUAACCAUAAUGACUGCCUUGCUCCAUACUGACCCCCUAUGGCCAAUUAACAAGUGGUAUACGUUAACUUCAAAAAGAAUUUUUCACCUCUCCUGGGCUUAUGACCCCAAUAACAAGCCUUCAAGUGAUCAAACUCUUAGAAAGAGGGAGGGACUACUGGAUGUCGUCUUUGCCAAAGAGCAAGAAUUGCCAGAGGUGGAAUGUCUGCUUUGGGCCCAAUAAACGGUAUCAAGAAAGGGAAGGAAAUGAAUAAAUCCACUUGCAAAUCCAUUUGUGUACAUUUGAAGAGGACAGAAACUAACAUAAGUGAAGCAGAGACAGAAUGUCUGUGAUAGAAAUAAAACCACUUUACUGUUUAGAAUAAAAGGACACUAUAAAAAGUGAACAUUAUGCAACAUUACCUUAAAAGACAAUAUACAUUCACUGAAUAUAAAAUUUAUAAAUAACAUGGAGGAAAACUGUAAACAGUGCUAGAAAAUUUAGCAACAAAUACAUUCCUUCUGGACAAGAUUUUUCACGCAGGUUUGGUUCUUUCCCCAAAUUUCCAUGACUAUCAGGAACAGCAGAGUGGCUCUAUGAAGGAAAGACUUUGUCAGAAAGAAUGAGAAACCAGUACAGGCAAAGCAGCAGCAUUUAGUGGGUUGUUAAGCUUUUUGUGAAGACUGGUAGCUCCAAAAGAUACUUAUUCCAAAAAAAAAAAAAAAAAAGGUUUUGCAAAAAUUUUGUCCUGCCCUUC